UUAGCCCGACAAGUCAGUGUUUGCACGGAUACAGCCGCGUACGGGUCGGAUAUAAUUUUUGUUUGCUGAAUUCGCGCGCUGCAGAGAACAACCAAUUGGCUCGAAAGUGAUUUCAAGGACGAAACAAAAAUGCCUGUCGAAAGCGGCGCGGCGUCCGCUGGGCGAGAAGCACUCUCACCAGUCACACCCGAAGUGAUAGUGGAAGCUGCUGUUGACUCAAUUUCUGAGUUGGAGAAUGAUCGCUUCAAUUUUUAUCCUACCCUGGACUGCGAAGACGAAAAACCAACGCACAUUGCCGCCGUGCCUCGGAUGGACUCCUUCGACGAGCCGAUACCGAAUGGAGCCACACUCAAUCCAAACUACACCCCAACGAUCUCAUCCUUCCGGAAACGACCCGCCUCUAUGCUAUCCACCAGUCGAUCACCGAUGAUGAAGCGUGCGAUAUCCUACCAAGCCUCGAUAGGGGGUCAAUCAAUUAGAUCUCACGGAUCCUCGUCGGCGGUUGACCAUUCGAUUCCGCCACCUUCGAGCGCCGAGGAGAAAUCCAAAUUCACCCGCCGAUAUAUGGCGAUUGUGUUGGCACUGUGCUACACACUCUUCCUGAUUGUGUUCGGUGCGAUUGUGUUUGUGACCGAUGCCGUUGAAAACAAUGCACGCUAUCCGCUGGCGGAAGUGUUUGCGCUGUGUAUGGUGUCCAUUGGACUCGUUUAUUUUGUUUUCCUAUACAUUGAUAUUAAACUGCACGUCUCGAGAACGCACCGAGCGAUUGAAGAGUUGGAGAAACGUCAGCAAGCCUAUGAAGAGAUGAUGGCCAAUACGGCGACCCAGUUCAACAACGGACCGCUGGCACUGAACCCAAAUGCUCCCCAGAAAAAUGUUCCACAUGAUUGGGAAUUCCCCAAAAUGGAUCCUAUUCCGCAUUACUAUUGUUUUGUGAGAGGUAGACACGGAGAAUUUAUCUAUCUGAAGCUCGGUGCGACCUGGUUCUGCUUUGGGCUACUCAUUCACUCGAUUCUUUUGCUCUCCUACCAGGGAAUUCUUCUGAACAGUACCGACGGUAAAUGGAGCGUUUGUGCGUCGAAAAUCGGAAUAGCCUUGGAGGUCAUUUUCAUAAUCUACAGCUUAUUCUUGGUGUUCUUCUUCUGGAAGUAUGCAAACGUGGUAAUCAAUCACUAUCGAGGGGUGGCUCGAUUCGGAAUGCUCCAUGCCAUCGGAACGGCACUCGCUUUCUGGAUAUAUACAAUUGUGCGAGAAACGGAAGUGGCAAUUCGGUUGAAGCAAUCAACGAAGGAUGAUGCCAAAGAGGACAACGACAUUCAAAGCUUUGCCAUGAUGAUCUGUCCGGGACCGGAAGAGCUGAACGCUAUCCUGACCUACUUCUCUCCGUACCUGUAUCCUUUCGUGAUUGAGUUUAACAUUCUCAUUGUGGGAUUGCUGUACAUGAUCUUCGCCAACAUAAACCGUUGCCCAAAGAAGCUGUCCGCCAAGGGACACAAAGGUCUCGGAAGUCACGGCAGCCAGAAGAGUUUCCACGGCAGUCAGAAAAGUAUUCACGGAGAUAAUGACAGCGUUUGUUCCGAGAAUCAGGAUGCUUUGGCCGAUCACGAUGUAGAGGUAAAAGGAAAAAUGAUCAUCUAUGGGGACUGUCACGCGUCCAGUCGGGGACUCUUCGCUGGUCUACUGUUGAUUGUAGCUACCAUGGUUGUCAUAAUAUUGUUUCACCUCGCCUCCAGACAAGAUGACUAUCGGGACGUCGGUAUAUUGAUCGAUUCCAUCUUCAGAAUAAUCGUUCUUGCCGUCAUGAUCGUCGCCGUAAUCCUCGCGUAUUACCAAACUAUCAAGCUGGAUAUCAAUCAACAUCCUAUUUCCAGGCUAGAUGAUAUUCUACUCCUAAUAGCAGUUCCGGCGUUCUUCUCGGAGACCGUAUUUAGUAUGUUUCCAGCGGUGGAAAAUGGAUCCAUCCUGAAUGGGUUUAUCAGCAUAGCCCAGCCGGUACAGAUGUUGAUACAGACGCCGUGGAUCAUCGAUACUCUGCGGCGGUGUUCCAAUACAUUGGAGUUGCGGAAAGAAAAACCAGGGAAGGAAUUGGUCACAUUUCUUACCAUUGCGAACGUUUCGCUUUGGAUUUACUACACGUUUUCGGUGAAAACGGGCGAUUUCGGAGAUGAGAGGUAUAAAUACUACGGUGAUGAACUAUGGUCAAUUCUGAACCAUCUGUCGCUCCCAUUGAUCAUGUUCUAUCGCUUCCAUUCGUCCGUUUGUUUGGUGGACAUCUGGCGCCAUUCAUAUGAACCGGGUGAAUUCGGUCAUUGAUAGUUGCAUUUUCUUGAUUUAAAAUUAAGAAGAUUUAAAACGAAAUUCUGCUGGUUAGAUGAAAAUUUAGAAUUAUGAGAUUUGUAGCGGUAGAUAUUUAGGCCAACA